UCGAUUUCAAACACCAUCUCCAGUACACCACCGUUAUAUAAAUCUAGGUCUUACAUUGAAUCCAAUACUUCCGAGUUCUAGCUAGAAUGGAACUCUUCGAUCUUGCGCUCUACCUGGGCUUGAUCCUCCUGGCUGGAGCGCUAUGGAGGCAAUACCGCUCUUUCAAGGUACGACUACCACCAGGUCCGCGGGGCUUGCCUUUGAUCGGCCAUCUCCAUCUCCUGAGCACACUGCCACACCGAUCCUUGCAAAAGCUGUCGCAAGCCCACGGGCCACUCAUGCACCUCCGAUUUGGCACAGUACCAGUGAUUGUGGCGUCCAGUCCAGCCAUGGCCAAGGAAGUUCUCAAGACCCACGACCUCGCAUUUGCGUCGAGGCCAUACCUCCUCGUCGGUGAGUACGCUGCUUACAACUUCCACAACAUUGGCCUCGCCCCCUAUGGCGAUCACUGGAAGAUGAUGAGGAAGCUGUGCUCCACCGAGCUCUUCACGGCCAAGCGGAUCGACUCCUUCUCGUGGGUGAGAGUGGAGGAGCUGUCCGGCAUGGUAUCUGGAUUGCUGGCGAAAUCGGCGAGCAAGGAGGUGGUGCAAAUCAAGAGCUUCCUCACCGACUUUACUUUCAAUGUCAUGACGCGAAUCCUGAUGGACCGCGCCUUCUUCGGGCCGGCUGGCGCGGACUCACAGGGCAAGGCUCGGGAGUUUCGGGGGAUUGUGGAGGAGAUCUUGCAGGUGGCCGGGAGUUUCAACGUGAGCGAGUACAUUCCCAGUGCAUUCAAGUGGAUCGACUGGAACAUCCCUCGUUUCAAGAGGCUUCAUGCUCGCCAGGACAGGUUCCUCCAGGAGAUCAUCGACGAACACAAGGUUGGUCACGAUGCUCUAGCCAAGCCUAGAGAUUUCAUAGACAUCCUUCUCUCCUAUUUCAACCAUGGAGACUCUCGAACCGACUUGGACAACAUCAAAGCUGUGCUUUCAGAUUUGCUGCCAGGGGGAACCGACACAUCCAUCACAACAGUGGAGUGGAUCCUGGCGGAGCUACUUCGAAACCCACUUGCAUUGAAGAAGGCCCAAGACGAGCUCGACACGGUGGUAGGGAAAGAUCGCAUGGUAAACGAAUCGGAUUUCCCCAAGCUCCACUACCUGCACGCGAUCAUCAAGGAGACCUUUCGUCUCCACCCCCCGAUCGCGCUGCUCGUCCCACACAUGUCAAGAUACGAAUGCAAGGUGGCCGGCUACGACGUUCCAAAGGGGGCUACCACGCUCGUCAAUGUCUACGCGAUUGGGAGAGACCCAACGGUGUGGGAGGAUCCCACUCGGUUCUCUCCCGAGAGGUUCCUCGAGGGGGCGGGGAAGGGCAUGGACGUCCGAGGCCAGGACUUCGAGCUCCUUCCAUUCGGCUCGGGGCGACGGUCGUGUCCUGGGCUUCAGCUGGGACUGAAAACGGUCGAGUUGGCUUUGUCAAAUCUCGUCCAUGGCUUCGACUGGAGCUUUCCCAACGGCGGCGGUGGGAAAGAUGCUUCCAUGGACGAGGCUUUCGGCUUGGUCAAUUGGAUGGCGACUCCAUUGCGAGCUGUGGUUGCUCCUCGGCUACCACCUCAUGCUUAUGAGAAAGUUUGACUGUUUACUAAAACUUAAAGUUCUCCAUA